AUGACUGCCUCUGAAAUUCAAAUUACUCCUGAUAAUGGUAAAGACUGUGAUAACAUUUCCACCACUGCCAAUUUAUCUAAUGGCCAGAUCAUUACAAUUUACGUACCUGAUCUUGAAAAAGCACAAAUACUUCUUGGAAACAACACCAGUUCAAAUUUAUCAGCUCCGCAAUCACUUUUCUAUCUUGCGUUGUUAGAAGAACUACGACAAAUUCCUAAUUUUAACAUUAGUAAUGCGGAGUUGACAAAAGUUUUUACUAAUUCAUGGAGAAAUUCCAGCAUUGAAUUCACAGACAAAUUUAUUAUUUUGGCAGACAAACUUGAACUCGAUUAA